AUGGGCUAUAUAGGCAACAAUGAUGACCCAGUCCUGGGUGCUGAUGAUGAUUGGCUCAUCAUCCAUGUUCUCUAUCACGAGCUCCUCACCCUGAUCAUUUUCGAUAUCCUGCAAAACAAGGCGGUGAAGGUGCUGGAGCGCUGCGCGAAGUCGAGUGGCCUCCCUGUGAAAGGGCCAAAGAUCUCUCAUCCUCCUCUUGCCCCCUCGGACUUGGUGGAGCUCCACAUGCAAGUUGUGUGCCGCAGUGGUGUACACAAAGGCGGCCUAGUCCUUCAGGGGCGGGAUCCCGUGCGGAACAGAAAAUCUCUAGAUCUAAUUGCACCUGAUUCAAAUCAAUCAUGUACACGUUUGCACUGCAUAUGCGUCCAAGAUUCUUCUCUACUCAAGACUUGGGGCUGGUUCUCCUCGAAGUAG